AUGAAGCGUCAAAAGACACGCCACACUAACAUGAAGCGUCAAAGGACACGCCGGACUAAGAUGAAGAGUCAAAAGAUACGCCACACUAACAGGAAUCGUCAAAAGACACGCCACACUAACAUGAAGCGUCAAAAGACACGCCACACUAACAGGAAGCGUCAAAAGACACGCCUCACUAACAGGAAGAGUCAAAAGUCACGCCACACUAACCUAAGAUCAUUUGAUAACAGUAACCCUGGCAGUAACCCUGACAGUAACCCUGGCAGUAACCCUGACAGUAACCCUGGCAGUAACCCUGGCAGUAACCCUGACAGUAACCCUGGCAGUAACCCUGACAGUAACCCUGGCAGUAACCCUGGCAGUAACCCUGACAGUAACCCUGGCAGUAACCCUGACAGUAACCCUGGCAGUAACCCUGGCAGUAACCCUGACAGUAACCCUGGCAGUAACCCUGACAGUAACCCUGGCAGUAACCCUGGCAGUAACCCUGACAGUAACCCUGGCAGUAACCCUGACAGUAACCCUGGCAGUAACCCUGGCAGUAACCCUGACAGUAACCCUGGCAGUAACCCUGACAGUAACCCUGGCAGUAACCCUGGCAGUAACCCUGACAGUAACCCUGGCAGUAACCCUGACAGUAACCCUGGCAGUAACCCUGGCAGUAACCCUGACAGUAACCCUGGCAGUAACCCUGACAGUAACCCUGGCAGUAACCCUGGCAGUAACCCUGACAGUAACCCUGGCAGUAACCCUGACAGUAACCCUGGCAGUAACCCUGGCAGUAACCCUGACAGUAACCCUGGCAGUAACCCUGACAGUAACCCUGACAGUAACCCUGGCAGUAACCCUGACAGUAACCCUGACAGUAACCCUGACAGUAACCCUGACAGUAACCCUGACAGUAACCCUGACAGUAACCCUGACAGUAACCCUGACAGUAACCCUGACAGUAACCCUGACAGUAACCCUGACAGUAACCCUGACAGUAACCCUGACAGUAACCCUGACAGUAACCCUGACAGUAACCCUGACAGUAACCCUGACAGUAACCCUGACAGUAACCCUGACAGUAACCCUGACAGUAACCCUGACAGUAACCCUGACAGUAACCCUGACAGUAACAGUGACAGUAACCCUGGCAGUAACCCUGACAGUAACCCUGGCAGUAACCCUGACAGUAACAGUAUACAGUUGGUCAGAAAUGAUAAAAACGCGGACUUCGUGGACAACUACCACAGAGUCAGAAAUGAUAAAAACGCGGACUUCGUGGACAACUACCACAGGGUCAGAAAUGAUAAAAACGCGGACUUCGUGGACAACUACCACAGGGUCAGAAAUGAUAAAACGCGGACUUCGCGGACAACUACCACAGGGUCAGAAAUGAUAAAAACGCGGACUUCGUGGACAACUACCACAGAGUCAGAAAUGAUAAAACGCGGACUUCGCGGACAACUACCAAAGGGUCAGAAAUGA